CCAAAAUUUCCCUCUUAAAAAAGCACCAUACACACAUUCUUCAACCUCUUCCCAUAAACCCUAGAAAUUGGGAGGAAAGAGUUUAUGCAAAAAUGAUAUAAAGUUUCUUCCACAACAAGUAUCAAUCAAAUAACCAUGAAGUUCCUCAGAACAAUCUUCAUCCACCAUAUCCACAAACGCCACCAUUUCCUCAACCCCAAAUGCGUCUUUUCAUCUUUAGCUUCAUCCUCACCACCGGAGGAUACAGAAACCCUACAUUCCACCAAUCCUAGAAACGAAUCCACCAAUAGUUGGAGUAUCUACGGUAAUGUAGUUGUGAAUCCGAGAAUCAACGAUCACAGUGACGAAAAAAUCGAGGAGGAAAAACCAAGUGAGAGUGAAAAUGGGAGCAUGAUGAAUUUGAAGAACAGAAGUGUAAUUAGGCCGGUGACGCCGCCGACAAAGAGGAGUACUGGGAAGGUGAAAACUCAGUGGGUUUGUAGCAGUUGUGGGUAUACUGCUGGACAAUGGUGGGGUACUUGUCCUUCUUGUACUAUGGUUGGAACAAUGAAGGAGUUUCAUGAAGCAAAAAUAAAUGAUGUUGAUAAUAAUAAGGUUAGAAGUGGUAUAUCAGUUUCUGAAGAUGCAAUGGGAGCUUGGCUACCACAGAGAGGUGAUCAUUUGCGCCCUGUUAAGUUGAGUGAGGUUAACCGUGGAUUCAACGAGAAGGGUUGGCGAUUUCCUUUGUCUGGCCCUUUUGGAGAUGAAGUUUCUAUUGUGCUUGGUGGUGGUCUUGUACCAGGCUCUUUGAAUUUAUUUAGUGGCGAUCCUGGUGUUGGGAAGAGUACACUGUUGUUGCAGAUGGCAGCGUUGGUAGCAGAUGGAUGCAAUGGCAAUGACGGUGAGGCCCUUCCAGUUGUAUACGUCUCUGGUGAAGAGAGCCUUCAGCAAAUUGCUCACAGAGCAGAUCGCCUUGGGAUUAAAUCUGAUAUUUAUUUGUAUUCGAGUACUGAUAUUGAGGACAUAUUAAGGAUAGCUCAGUCUCUCCCCAUUCGAGCUCUGGUUGUUGAUUCAAUACAAACUGUUUAUUUGAAAGGAAUAACAGGAAGUGCUGGAGGAGUUACGCAGGUGAAAGAAUGUACUUCGGCUUUGAUGCGAUUUGCUAAAACGACUAACAUCCCAGUACUUUUGAUUGGGCAUGUGACAAAAUCUGGAGACAUAGCUGGGCCUCGUGUUCUGGAGCAUAUUGUGGAUGUUGUCUUGUACUUAGAAGGCGAGAGGUUCACUUCAUAUCGAAUGCUUCGUGCUGUGAAAAAUCGGUUUGGAUCCACUGAUGAGCUUGGAGUUUUUGAGAUGUCAGAAUCAGGAUUUAAGGCUGUUUCGAAUGCCACUGAAAUGUUUCUCACCGAACAAGACCCUGAUUCAGAUGUUUUAGUUGGCUUAGCUUUUACUGUAAUAAUGGAUGGUUCAAGAACUUUCAUAAUUGAAGUUCAGGCACUCUGCCUUUCAGAAUCCACAGGUUCAAGAGUAACUAAUGGAAUUGAAGCAAAUAGAGCUAACAUGAUCAAAUGUGUUCUUAUAAAGCAAGCAGGUCUUAAUAUCCCAGUAAAUUCUGUACAUUUGAAUGUUGUUAGUGGAUUGACAUUGUCUGAGACUGCUGGAGAUCUUGCAAUAGCAGCUGCAAUUUGCAGCAGUUUCUUGGAGUAUCCUAUUCCAAAGGGCAUUGCAUUCAUUGGUGAAAUUGGCCUUAGCGGAGAGCUUCGCACGGUUCCUAGAAUCGACAAAAGAGUUCACGCAUUGUCAAAGUUGGGUUACAAAACCUGUGUAGUGCCGAAGCAAGCUGUAAAAGCUUUAGGAACUGAAGGUCUGGAAAAUAUUGAAAUAGUAGGUUGCAAGAAUCUGAAGGAGUUUAUUAACGUAGUAUUCAGUAGAUAAAGACAAUUGAAAGAAGCUCCCAGUAUUGUGCAAAUCUCUCUCUCUCUCUCUCUGUCUCUCUCUCUCUCUCUCUCUCUCUCUCUCUAAUUCUGGUUGUCUAGUGUCAAUUAUGUAAUUAGUUGUUACAAGCAUUACAUUUGCUGAAGUAACUCGCCAAUUUUAAUGGCUAUUAUUAUAAUUUAUAGCUAGGACUCAACACACUUUCUUCUACUUCCGAUGUUAUGUGUUCUGUUCAUUCUA